GUAUCGUUGCGAGAUAGAAACUAUUGACAGUGUGAAUACGCUGAAUAACCAAUUAUGCGAUUUAAAUGACGCGAGUGCGGAAUUGAAAAGAAUACCGAGAAACAAAACGCUGAGCAUCCAACUGUCAGCGCUGCGAAUUAUCCAUGAAGUAAUAAACAUAUUUGUUUCGCAAGUUGCGCACCAAAGGCAUUGAAGAGACACGGUCGAUGCUGCUAACGUCUCUGCCAUAUACAAGGAAUCCAAUUGUACAUCGCAUCGGAAGCGUUGAGAUGACAAUAAUAUGUUCUGAUCCGGUCGCAGCUGUGCUUCGAGGCGUAAUUAGAACGUUAAAUUAAUGAAAUCUCAUUAUCUGUAAACGAGUGCAAUGCAGGAUAGGAGAACAGGUGAAAACAUAGAGGCAAUUUAGCCUGAGCGAGGUUUAUUUAUUUUGCGAAAAAUUCUAUUCUAUGAAACAUUAUUGCAGUUUUCUAAUACUUACGCUUUUCAUUCAAUUACAUGUAUUUACACUUAUUGAUGAUUAUUGCGCAGGUAAGAUCGAAAGGUAAAAUAUGUAUAGAAGCAACGUGUUUUCUUAAUAGAUAAGAAUUGUUAUCAGGAAAAAUGUUUUUAUUACUUUCAAAUAAACAAAAUACGUUACAAUAUAAACUCUGCAGGAUGCGGACGAUGUCUAGUGCGAGGUUUUUUCGAGAGCUGUACGAUUUGCUUAGAAUUUUUCGUUCAGUGAGUUAUAUACGCAGAAGAGAGGAAAAUAAAAAUGGCAAUUCCGUAUAAAUAUUUACUAACGAUAUCUAUUGUUGCCAGCUCCAUCGCUCAGGGCCCUGUUAUAGAAAUACCGUCCCGGGUUACCAUGGAUAAUCUCUACUGUUGGCUCCACGGAAUGGGUGUGCAAAAUUUAAACUCAACGGACUGCAACCGAACCUGCAAGGCAAACGGGACCAGCAGAGUCUGCGUUUACACAUUCGUCCUCGAGCACUACCACGCGAUGGGUUCCGCGUGUGGAAACUGCUCUCGUGGCGUCCUGAAGGACUGCAUGCACCCGCAGUGCAUUACUGGAGACGGUACUGAGCGGGGUCUGAUGUCUAUCAACAGGAUGGGAAUCGGGCCAAGCAUUCAGGUUUGCCUUGGAGACCUCGUCGCCGUCAACAUCAAGAACCAAAUGGGCGGCACAGAGUCGACCAUCCAUUGGCACGGCAUACUCCAGGAGGGAACCCAGUGGAUGGAUGGAGUGCCGAAAAUCACUCAGUGCGGCAUACCUGAGAGCAGCAGUUUUAGAUACGUUUUUUUCGUCAACGAGUCCGGCACCUACUUCUAUCACAGUCACUCAGGCUUCCAGAAAACCAACGGCCACAACGGAGCGCUGAUAGUCAGGCGGCCGAUCCGUGAUGAACCUGCCAGGAAAUUGUACUCCGAGGAUAAACCCAGUCACGUCAUAGUCUUGACGGACUACAUGCACGAGUAUGCCGAAUUGUUCUUCCCGGGGCUUUUAACGAGAAAUCCGGGAAUAGCACCGGCUAGCUUUCUGAUCAACGGUCUUGGUCGAUGGCGUGAUCCGGAAACGAAUCGGACGACCCAGACACCCUUGGCUACUUUUCACGUUCAGACCGGAAAGUCUUACCGUAUAAGGAUCAUCAACGCCGCCAGUUUGAUUUGCCCGAUGCAAUUCCAGAUCGAAAAUCACACUAUGACCGUCAUCGCUACCGAUGGAAGUGACGUCCAUCCUAAAACCGUCGACGCGUUGGUUUCCCAAUCGGGUGAACGUUUCGACGUCAUAGUCAACGCUAGUCGAAAAUCCGGUGCCUACUGGAUCUAUGUCAGGGGACUGUUCGUCUGCGACGACGUCGAUCGCGUUGACCAGGUUGGAGUUUUGUCCUAUGGUACCGCAGAUGGUGCCACGGGGAUUUAUCCUGACACACCGGAGCCCACGCAGGAUAAUCCUCUUCCAUUCAAAAUUCGUCUUAAUUACCCGAACGCGUCAUGCGUGGCGUCAGCGUCUGAAAUUUGCGUGAGCGAAUUGCAGGGAUACAAAGCCUCGUCGUCGUCAGAUGUCCUGGGCAAAGCGGACAUCACUCGGAUGAACGUUACCUUCGGAUACUGGGAAUGGACAGUGGAAACGUUGCACGGGACAGUCAGUAAUCCAACAACGGAGUUCAACCCAUUUCAACUGAGGCCUCCGUUGAUAUUGGAAACCGGAAUAGUGAACGGCAUCACGAACGAAUUUCCCGACACUGUAAUGAUGCUGAAUAGAAGCUCAAACGCGACCUUCUGCAACGCGCAGAACAAACCCUCCAAGUGUGCCAAUGGCAGCUUUUGCAUCUGCACCCACGUCAUAGAAUUACCUUACAAGGCUAACAUAGAAUUGGUCUUGAUGGAUAUAAAUCCACCUACUUAUCCACCGCUGUCUCACCCCUUUCAUUUACACGGCUACAAAUUUUACGUUAUGGAAAUAGCGCGUAGCAACGAAUCGCUGCGGAUGUCGGGCUCGCAAAGUCAUAAUAAAAUCCCCCCACUUAAGGACACGGUUUCUAUACCCCAAAACGGUUCGACGAGAAUUCGAUUUUAUACCGGAAAUCCUGGUGACUGGCUCUUCCACUGCCAUUUCGAGUGGCAUAUGUCAAUCGGAAUGUCGGUUGUCUUCAGAGUUCAUGGGUUCGUUCCCCCACCCCCUAAGAACUUCCCGAGAUGCGAGAGCUUCGAUCCAAUUGCUCAAUGUAAUCAGAACUGCUCCUACAACUAGACAAGGUCCCCAAUUUAUCAACGACUGGUUUAUUACCUGCAUCUGAAUCCCGUGAGGUUCUUGAUACUGGACCAAUUUUUGAUUCCGGAUCGAUUGAAAUACUCAAGGU